CAUGGUUCUGAUGUUAUUUGAGGUCCCAGUGUUUUGUGUUCCUUUUUAUCCUUGGUUUUGGUCGGUUUGGUUCAGUGUUUUGAUAGUCAUAAUUUCCACCUUUGUGUUGUUCCUGUUAGGAACAAGGUGAUGGUGUGUCACAGAAAUGAUACAUUUACUUAUGUUUCAUUCUCUGAGACCAUGACUUGAUUUCAUUAGAACAUCUGUCAUCUGAACAUCCUCUUUGAGACAAAACUGUGUUCUUUUUUUGGCCAGAAAUGCAUCAAUUCUUGCAUUUCUGGUCUGUUUUCCAGCGCUGAGAUGCUGAGUUUAGAUUCACCUUCCAUGUGAGGUUUUCCCUUACAGCAGUUUGCGUAACUAAUCCCGUCAUUAACCAUUGAGUCUUAUGCAUGUUACUUUCGACAGGCAGGGGUAGAUUCAAAUGAAGUGUUGGAGACAGACAAGCAUAUGGUCGGGUUGCCACAGAAACAGACACACCCUCCUCACCUGUACAGAGAAGACAAGGGCUUCAUUUUGCCAUCUGUUUUCCUAUCAUAGAUCAGACUUCUGUUAGCCAAUAAGGAAGCGGCUAAUAUUUUUAUUACCUUUUUGUUUUUGGAGAUGGGGAAUUUUCAAAGCUGUUGGGUUUUCUGUAGGGGAUGUUGAUCCUGUUUGUUGGGUGGUGUGAUGAUUAUCACAGCUCUUAUCAACAAAUCUCUAAUAAUCUAUAAUGUCUAAUUAUUAUAGAUAGCAUUUAGAUUCAAGCUAAGCUGGUCUUAUAAAAAUAGAAUCGUCUACCUUCAUUGGGUAUUUUUUGACUCUUAGGUCACAAAAAAUACUCAAAAAUACUUUUGAUUAUUUUUAUUUUCUGCAUUUAUUACCAGUUUUGGUGAGUAUUUAUCCUUUUUUUAAACUGAUUUAAUAGCACAUUUAUAUAACAAACAUGUACCCUUCAUUUUUUUAUGGAGCAAUUAAAAUUAAUUUUCCCUUUUACUGCAAUAGUGUAUUUUUUUUUUUUUUUGUUAAUUAGAGGUGGAAUGUAAAGUAAACCAUCAUGGGAUCAAAAAAAGGAUUCCUGGCUGUCAUUUCCUUGUUGGGAUUCACGAUUUUUAUUAUUUUGACAACUCGUGGUUUGGAUCUUUACCAGCAAAAAACAGCACCAAUAUCUAUAAUAAAGCAAAGUCCAAGAAAGGAUGUCCUGAAGCAACACAGUGCUGCGCUGAGAUCUACAAAACAGCAAAGACUACGACAGGAUCUUCUGAGGAGAAACUGUGCUGCUGUGAACCUGAGUUUGGAGGAUUUGAACAGUACAUACUUGAAUAACUUUAUUGUGGAUGACAAACAUGGCAUCAUCUACUGCUACAUUCCCAAGGUGGCCUGUACCAACUGGAAGAGAACCUUGAUCGCUUUGAACUCUAGUAAACCUUAUCCUGAUCCUAUGUCCUUUGAACAAAGAUGGGUUCACAAUUUUGAUAGAUUCAAGCACUUAAAAAACUUUCCACAAGCAGAGAGAAAGGAAAAACUACAGCACUACACCAAGUUCCUGUUUGUCCGUGAUCCAUUUGUCCGCCUCAUCUCCGCCUACAGGGACAAGAUGCAGCAUUAUGACCAGUAUUUUUAUAAAGGAUAUGUGAGAGUUAUCUUGCAACUUUACAAAAAUCAAACUAAUCUGACUUACAGUCAUGAGGUGGCCAAGAAAAAGGGUCUCCAACCUUCAUUCUAUGACUUUAUUCAGUACCUACUGGAUCCACGAACAGAGAGAUAUGCGUCGUUUGAGCCCCACUGGAGGCAGAUGCAUCGCCUGUGCCACCCCUGCCUCGUUGAAUAUGACUUUGUUGGCCAUCAAGAGACUCUUCAAGAAGAUGCUCAGGAGCUGCUGAAGAUGUUAAAGCUGGAAGAUGAUAUCAAGUUUCCUCCUUCCUAUGAAAAUAUGACUUCUACUGAUUCUGUUAAGGACUGGUUUCAAAGUGUACCACUGGAAGACAGGAGGAAGCUGUACAAGGUUUAUGAAAAGGACUUUCAACUUUUUGGCUACAGAAGACCAACCGAACUGCUGGAUGAAUGAUCUGACGUAGACAGUUCUAGAAAACCUGGGAAAAACUCCAGUACCGACACAGCUUGAACAUAUUUGUACAGCUGGGAGGGAAUGUUAUCUUUUUCUGUCUCUAACUAGAAGUUUAGAACCAUCAAAGUCAUCCACAUGCGCAACCAGAAAACCUUAGAGUCUAAUUUCCCAGAUCAUGAAGCUGCUUGUUUGUUUUUAGCUCCCUGUUGCGUCAGAAACACCUUUUAACAGCUUAACGUUGACUUAAAUGUAAAACCUUUUUUUUCAUAAGCUGAGUUGCAAUAUUCCUGAUGUGUUGUAAUAUCCACCCAACUUAUGUGUUUUCUUUAACACACACCAGAGGAAAGAACGCCGAGCCUUCAAUAUAAAAUAAAAUAAAAUCAUACAAAACUCAUUAUUUUAAUUAUUCAGUAUUUGCUAUUCAGUAAAGUGAUGCCAAAUAUUUCAAUUGGUUGGUGAGUAUUUGGGAAAAUCCAGAAUAAAAGUAUCUGGAUUUGUACUUUCUA